UCUCCCGGGUGACCGGAGGCCGAGAUGGCGGCGCGGGAGGCGGCGGCGCAGCGGCGCGCGCCGGGCUUUGAAUGAGGGGCGGCCGCCGAGUGCGGAGGCUGCGGGAGCGGCCGCCUCGGGCCCUGGCACCCCGAGCCCCCCGGAGAGCACUCUCCCCCGGGGCAGGGCAGUAUUGGAGCAGCCUACCUAAUGAUCCACCUUCCUGACUCUUCCUAACUUAAAGCGUGGAAUAUAAAAAGUGAUUUAAUGCCAUAGCAUAUUUGAAAUCAACCUGUCCUUCCAUGGAAUACUUAUGGCCUGAGGAAAAUGUCACAGGGCUGCCUUCUCUUCUCUCCAGGAGGAAGGGCUUCUCAUCAUGGCCAUAACACAGUUUCGACUCUUUAAAAUCUGUACUUGCCUGGCAGCAGUGCUUUCUUUCAUUAAAAAGUUAAUAUGCAGGUCUGGAAGAGGGCGAAAGUUAAGUGGAGACCAAAUAACUUUGCCAACCACAGUGGAUUAUUCAUCUGUUCCUAAACAGCCAGAAGUAGAAGAUUGGUCUUCAUGGGAUGAAGAUGCACCUACCAGUGUGAAGAUUGAGGGUGGCAAUGGUAAUGUGGCUGCUCAGCAAAAUGCUUUGGAACAAAUGGAACCUGAUUAUUUUAAAGAUAUGACGCCAACUAUAAGAAAAACUCAAAAAAUAGUUAUUAAAAAACGAGAGCCCUUAAAUUUUGGGAUUCCAGAGGGAAACACAGGAUUCUCUAGCAGAUUAGCAGCUACACAAGACAUUCCUUUCAUUCACCAGUCUCCUGAAUUGGGAGACUUAGAUACUUGGCAAGAAAAUACGAAUGCCUGGGAAGAAGAGGAAGAUGCUGCCUGGCAAGCAGAAGAAGUUCUUAGGCAACAGAAGAUAGCAGAAAGGGAAAAAAGAGCAGCAGAACAGCAACGAAAGAAAAUGGAGAAAGAAGCCCAAAGGCUAAUGAAAAAGGAACAAAACAAAAUUGGUGUAAAACUGUCCUAACAGAAACCAGUGGCAAUGCCAGGGAAAAAGAAUUUCAGCUCUACAACAUACAUAUUGGUAUUGAUUUCAGUAUUUCUAGGACUUCAACACAACUGCUUGGUUUCAUUGCAUUCUUCGGGUCAUCUUGGAAGCCAGGAUUCUCCCAAAAUAUCUUGAACUACUUGUAGGUGGCUCUUAAAGGAGAGGAAACCCCACAGAAAAUCAUGCCUUGAUGGAAUGAUGUUUCCUGCAAUAGUUCUAUUCCAUCACCCUUCUUUGCAGCAAAAGUGAUUGAGCAAGUAUGUUGAUUAAAAGACACUUUUAAUGAACAGCUCAAGCCUAGAGAAAAGAAUGUAAAUAUUCAGUGGUGGGAAAUCUACUGUAUUGUCUGUGCUUACCUGAAACAUGUAAUUAAACAGUUUUAAAGAAC